AUCAAGGCUGCAUGACGUCAUUGGUAGGGGACGCAAUGACACAGUCCGUUACACUGGUUAAAUUCUUUAUUUCUCUGGAUUCUACGAAACAUUUGGGAUUAUUCUCUGUAACCAAGAGGAAGAGAGAGAGAGAGAGAGAGAGAGUUGGAAGGUGAAUGGAGAGGGCAGGCUCACAUCUGCAACUCUGCAGCCUCCUCAAACCCACCUCCUCCAACCCUGCGCUUUGCACAGCCCUGACCAUGAGACACCAGACAGUGUGAGUGAGGGGGAUUUUAUUCAAUAAGAGUCCAGCUUCGUGCACAUCAAACUCUGUACUGCCCUUCGGAAGCAACAGAAUAUACUUGCAUGUUUCCCAGAAGACAAAGUGCUAAACUGGAGCUUGGUACUUCAGGAACAUGGGUUGCAAAAUGAGAUCCAUGCAUUUUGUGUUUUGGUGUCUUUACUUCAUGCUCCUUCACUUGUUUUGCACAGCACAAGAUGAGGACAUGAGAUUAAGUUGUAGGACAGCGCCGAGCGAUUUAGUAUUCAUACUCGAUGGAUCAUGGAGUGUGGAUGACGUAAACUUUGAGAUUGUCAAACGGUGGCUGGUGAAUAUCACCAUGAGCUUCAACAUCGGUCAGAAGUUUACGCAGGUCGGGGUGGUGCAAUAUAGCGACGACCCCUUCUUGCAUAUACCCCUGGGAAAACAUUUCUCAAGCAGCAACCUCAUCAAGGCCAUGGAGUCCAUAGAAUACAUGGGUGGGAACACAAACACAGGGAAGGCUAUCAAGUUCGCCAACGACAAACUCUUCGCCUUGUCCGAGCGCGGUCCGAAUGGCAUUGCAAAAAUUGCUGUGGUUCUGACGGACGGGAAAUCACAAGAUGAAGUGCUGGCAGCUGCUGAAGCCGCGAGGAAAAAGGGGAUCAUUCUGUUCGCGAUCGGCGUGGGUUCUGAGACCGAGGAGGCAGAGCUCAGGGCCAUUGCCAACAAACCAUCCUCAACCUAUGUUUUUUCUGUGGAGGACUAUAAAGCUAUCGCAAAGAUCCGUGAAGUUAUUAGGCAGAAGCUGUGUGAAGAGACUGUAUGUCCAGCAAAGAUUCCAAUCAAUUCUCGAGAUGAGAAAGGAUUUGACAUUCUCCUCCAUCUCAACUUGGCUAAAAAGGCUAAAAAGACACAAGGAUCUUUUUAUGGCAGCAAAGCUUACCAGGUGACAUCCCGGGUUGACCUGAGUGAAAGCACUAGGAUGCUAUUUCCAGGCGGACUCCCACCAUCCUAUGUUUUUGUGGCCACGCUCAAGUACAAAGGCUCUGUGGUUAUGGAGAAGUGGGAUCUAUGGCGGAUACAGACUAAGGAUGAAAAACCUCAAAUGGCUGUUACUCUAAAUGGUCUGGACAGAACAGUGAUGUUCACAACCACCACAAGCAGCACUUCAAGUGGAACUCAAACUGUGGUUUUCACUAAACCACCUGCUAAGAAACUAUUUGAUGAAAAAUGGCAUCAGCUGCGGCUUCUAGUGACAGAGGAAGAUGUCACUCUCUACGUUGAUGAUUUGGAAAUUGAAACCUUGGCACUGGAGCCUCCUGAUGGUAUUUUUAUUAAUGGACAUACACAGGUUGGGAAGUACGUCACUAAAGAAACAACUGUCCCUUUUGAAGUACAAAAACUCAGAAUCUACUGUGACCCUGAGCAGAAUAACAGAGAAACAGCCUGCGAAAUACCUGGAGUUUGUGCUAAUGGACCAGGUGACAUUGACCCAACCCCAGAGCCAUGCGUCUGUCCACCUGGGCCACCUGGUGCCCCAGGAAUGAAGGGAGAACAGGGAAGAACAGGAGAUCCUGGUCAACCUGGCCCAGCUGGUGCUGAUGGUAAGCCUGGUGUCCCCGGUUCUAGAGGAAGUCCUGGCAUUCAAGGCUCUCCUGGCAUCCAGGGUCCACGUGGAACUGAUGGGCAUAAGGGGGAAAAGGGAAGUGCUGGAGAAACAGGUGACAGCGGUAUCCCAGGUUUACCCGGGCCACCUGGCAAACCAGGUGAAAAGGGAUCUGCUGGCAAUCAAGGCAUACAAGGACUACCAGGCAAAGAUGGACAAAUGGGAGAAAAGGGGAGUAGAGGCCCUGCUGGUCCACCUGGAUAUCCAGGAGAGCUUGGAGCACCUGGCAGGGAUGGGAAGGAUGGACUUCCUGGAGGAAUUGGUCUAAAGGGAGAUCCGGGACCGCCUGGAAAUCCCGGAGUGGAUGGAAGAGAGGGACAUCCUGGCAUACCUGGUAUACCUGGAAAUGAUGGUCAGAGGGGAAUGAAGGGUGAAGCCGGCUUGCCUGGACCAAAAGGAGCCAAAGGUACACCUGGAGACCUCGGCGAGAUGGGAUUGCCUGGAAUGCCUGGUUCAAGUGGACAACCUGGCCCUAAGGGUACUAAAGGGGACAGUGGAGAGCCCGGUCAACAAGGACCUCCAGGGCUAGAGGGUAAGCCUGGAGAACCUGGGGCAGCUGGCCAGCCAGGACAUCCAGGAAUGCCAGGAUCACUGGGACAGAAGGGUCAAAGAGGAGACGCUGGUGAAAGAGGAGUAGAGGGGAUGAAAGGUGAAAAGGGAGAUUCUGGGCGACCUGGUGUUCAUGGUUUACCUGGGACAGCUGGGCAGAAAGGAGAGAAAGGGACAGCAGGAGAGCCCGGUCAGAGGGGUCAGAUCGGCCAUCAGGGGCUCCCUGGACAGCGAGGACAGACAGGACCCUCGGGGCCCAGAGGACUGAGCGGAGAAUUAGGGCCCCCGGGACCACCUGGACCUGAAGGACAACCUGGCAGAGAACUGUCUGAACAACAUAUUCAGCAGAUCUGCAGAGAUGUUCUUCGAUCUGAGAUUCCUGCUCUUCUAUUGAGUAGCCAACACAAUCAUCACAGAAGCUGUGAACACUGCUACACACGGGUGGGACCCCCAGGGCCUCCAGGGCCACCAGGUCCUCAUGGGUCUCGAGGAUUCCCAGGUUUAUCUGGUUCCAACGGGCUGCAAGGUCAGCGGGGUUUACCUGGGCGGCCUGGUGUCCCUGGCAUGAAAGGUGAUCCAGGAGAACAGGGGGAGAAAGGAAAUCAAGGACGGUCACAAAUUGGAGACCCAGGUCUUCCAGGUCCACCAGGUCCAGUGGGUCCACCAGGGGUCGGGAAACCAGGUCAACCAGGUAAGCCAGGCCCAGCUGGUCACAACGGCGAGGAGGGGAAGAGGGGACACCCCGGUGAUCCCGGUCAGCCAGGCGUGUGCCAUCCUUCCAUGUGCUACGGCGCAAUGUUGCGAAGAGAUCCUUUCAGUAAAGGGCCAAAUUAUUGACACAGCUUUGGCUGAAAUGCGGACAGUCUGGAUGUGGUGCUGCUCAGUGAAUGAAAGAAAACAAUAACAGCAAAUCUUUCCAAUCUCAGGAUGAUCAUAUUUUUCAAGAGUGUCUCACACUCAUGGACACAUGAAGUACCUCUUAAAGUGUAAAUACUAAGAUGAUGUUGCCUACAUUAACACCACCGAUUGUCCGUGACUCAAUUCAGCACUUGUCUUUCUGUGUCACAAGCUGAGAUGUGCCAUGAUAUAUUCACUCUGUUUGCCGUGAGGAAUGAAACUCACCAGCCGAAUACUUGUGAAUAGCAUCCAGUGUGAGGAGCUUCGCAACACUCGCAGUGGAAAUUCUACCUAGAAAUCGACUUACUUCCUCAAUCUCUUGCUCCCCCAAGUGGCGUUCAACCAUCACCAGCCAAUCAUCUCAUUGUAUUUAUGAAUCUAGAUUUACUGUCCAUUUUGCGUCUGUUUCUUUUUGGUCGGAUGUUUCAUUUACUGCUUGCAAGCUGUUCAUGAGAGAUGUGAGAGUUCUUCUGCAACGCUUCAUGCCUUCUUUCCUAUAUUGACGUCUCUUAGAUAUCUAUGAUAAUCCUCGUC